AUGGAGCACAUCGCGGCGCAAUUGAAGCGAGGGAUAUCGCGGCAGUUCUCGACGGGGUCUCUGCGGCGGAACCUGAGUCGCCAGUUCAGUCGCCAGUCGUCGCUGGACCCGAGAAGGAAUAACUUGCGAUUCAGCUUCGGCCGGCAGUCCUCCCUUGACCCCAUACGCCGCAGCCCCUCCCACGACGAUGAAGACGAAGCCGAUCUCUCCGUCCCCGAUAAUCUCGACUCCACCAUGCAACUCCUCUUCCUCGCCUGCCGUGGCGACGUCAACGGCGUUGAGGACCUCCUCAAUCAAGGCGUCGACGUCAACAGCAUCGACUUGGAUGGCCGUACGGGGCUCCAUAUAGCCGCAUGCGAGGGUCACGUUGACGUUGUUAGGCUCAUGCUUACCCGCAAGGCCAAUAUCGAUGCUCGUGAUCGCUGGGGCAGUACGGCAGCUGCUGAUGCUAAGUAUUAUGGGAAUACAGAAGUUUACAAUAUUCUCAAAGCACGUGGAGCCAAAGUACCGAAAGUCAGGAAGACACCAAUGACUGUUGCAAAUCCUCGAGAAGUUCCAGAGUAUGAGCUCAAUCCGUUAGAGCUUCAAGUUCGAAAGAGUGAUGGUAUCUCAAAGGGAACGUAUCAAGUGGCUAAAUGGAAUGGUACAAAGGUUUCUGUAAAGAUACUUGACAAGGAAAGCUAUUCAGACCCUGAAAGCAUUAAUGCUUUCAAAAAUGAGCUGGAGUUGUUAGAGAAGGUUCGGCAUCCUAAUGUUGUUCAGUUUGUUGGUGCUGUUACCCAAAAUAUACCCAUGAUGAUUGUUUCAGAGUAUCAUCCGAAAGGUGACUUGGGAAGCUAUCUUCAAAAGAAAGGGCGCUUAUCCCCAUCAAAAGCCCUAAGAUUUGCUCUUGACAUUGCAAGGGGCAUGAAUUAUCUUCAUGAAUGUAAACCAGACCCAAUAAUCCACUGCGAUUUAAAGCCAAAAAAUAUUUUGCUCGAUAAUGGAGGUCAAUUGAAGGUAGCUGGAUUUGGCUUGAUAAGGUUGUCAAAAAUUUCACCUGACAAAGCAAAACUAGCACAGCCUUGGGCUGACCUUUCAAGUUUAUAUGUGGCACCUGAGAUCUACAAGAAUGAAAUUUUUGACAGAAGUGUGGAUGCAUAUUCUUUCGGUCUCAUAUUAUAUGAGAUGAUUGAGGGAAUACAACCAUUCCAUCCCAAGCCUAUAGAAGAGGCUGUGAACCUGAUGUGUUUGGAAGGAACAAGACCACAGUUGAGGACCAAAUCAAAAAGUUAUCCCCCUGUACUAAAAGAGUUGAUUGAGGAAUGUUGGGAUCCAGAACCUGUUGUUAGGCCAAUUUUCUCUGAGAUUAUUGUGCGGUUGGACAAGAUAGUUGCAAAUUGCUCAAAGCAGGGAUGGUGGAAAGACACGUUUAAGCUUCCUUGGUACGUCUCUCUUCUAAGCAUAUCCUAA